GAGUCAAGUGGAGUUGAGAAAGGAAAAUAGAGACAGAGAAAUAGCUUUUUCAGCUUCACUGAUGCAAUCUGGUAGUGGAUAUAUUGGUCCUUUUACCACUGCGAUCACACUAACCUACAGGAACGUCUUCACAAACAUAGGGAACGCCUACAACCCAAUUACAGGUAUUUUCACAGCCCCACUGAAAGGAGCGUACAUGUUCAGAGUCUCUGCAUUUGGUCAUGCCCCAACUAUAGCAUCUGCAGCCAUUGUUAAGAAUGGACAGCAUGUGGUUGCAGCAUUUGAUCAUCAGGCUCAGAAUGAUUUAAACUCCUCAAAUGGAGUUGUGUUGAUCCUGGAGGUUGGAGAUGUUGUCUAUGUGAGACUUUGGAAUGGCAAGAGAUUAUUUGAUAAUGCAAGUAACCACAACUCUUUCAGUGGUUACCUGCUGUUUCCCUUAAGAUAACAGGAGCUUUGAAGAAUGUGAUUCCAAUAAUUCUGAACCUUCAGCGUAUGAUUUAAGAUGAAAAUCAUGAAGAAUCAUUAAAUAAUGUUUUUGAAAUUUGCAGUAGAUUACUGUAUAAAGUCAGUUUAAUACACUAUACUCUGAUCUGUCUGUACAUGUAAGUUUGUAUAAAGAGUUUCAGCACUGAGACAGACAGGACCCAUGAAUAUCACAUGUGACUCAAAAGUGUUUUGUUAAAGUAGUAAAUCUAGAAUGUUAAAUAAUACCUUUUUAAGUGUAUCUUGUUACUGAUCCUUGAUCUGUAUCUCUUCAUCCUACAGAAAUAAAUAAGAGAAUAAACAAACAUUG